GAGAAAGUGUCGCACUCGAGCGACGUAAAAAGUUCAAAGGCGCUGCGGUCCAUGCACAGCAACGUCAACAUUGUGAACUAAUUUAAAUUAUUUUAGUACUUUACUUUGCUGGGUGACAAUGGGGCGCGAGUCGAGACACUACAGGAAGCGCUCAUCGUCCCGGGGACGUUCGGGUAGCCGCUCAAAGAGUCGCUCCCCGGACAAACGCUCCAAGAAAGACGACCGAAGCCGGAGGGAGAGGUCACGGAGCCGGGAUCGACGCAGGUCCCGCUCCAGAGACCGAAAGAGAGCCAGGCGUUCCAGGAGUAGGGAGAGGAGGAGGUCCAGAAGCCCCGACAGGAAGAAGUCGGGCAGCAAGAGCCAAACGAAGAGGUCCCGCUCUGUCAGCCCCAGCAAGAGCAGAAAAAUGGAGGAAAAGCCAAAAAGCAAAGAGAAAGACAACCCUGAUCUCUUGUCUGACAAGAAGAAGGUGAAAGAGGAGAAGGAAGAGGAGAAAAUUGAGGAUCAGCAGGAUUUCGACCAGAACAAGCUGGAGGAGGAGAUGAGGAAGAGGAAGGAGCGGGUGGAGAAGUGGAGGGAGGAACAAAGGAAGAAGGCCAUUGAAAACAUCGGCGAGAUCAAGAAGGAGCUGGAGGAGAUGAAGCAGGGCAAGAAGUGGAGCCUGGAGGAUGACGACGACGAUGACGAUGACGCGCCCGCCCCGAUGGAAGUGGACGACGAAGAAGACGGGGAUGGCAAAGGGGAUACCAGGCAGAAAGAGGAGAAGGAGGACGAGAUGGACGAGGGUGAGAAGGAGACCCCCACGGAGAAGCGGGACGAGGAGGACGACAUCGACCCCCUGGACGCCUACAUGGAGGAGGUCAAGCAGGAGGUGAAGAAGUUCAACAUGGGAGGCGUGAAGGGAAACGAUAAGAAGGGAGCAAUGAUGGUAACCAAAGUUGUGACAGUUGUCAAAACAAAAAAAGGGCCUCACACUCACAAGAAGAAGGGGGAGCUGAUGGAGAACGACCAGGAUGCAAUGGAGUACUCGUCAGAGGAGGAGGAGGUCGACCUGCAGACGGCUCUCACAGGCUUCCAGACCAAACAGAGGAAGGUCCUGGAGCCCGUGGACCAUGGCAAGAUCCAGUACGAGCCCUACCGCAAAAACUUCUAUGUGGAGGUGCCUGAGCUGGCCAGGAUGACCACAGAGGAAGUCAUCGCAUACAGGUCGGAGCUUGAGGGCAUUACGGUGAAGGGGAAGGGCUGUCCCAAACCAAUCAAGACCUGGGUGCAGUGUGGUGUGUCCAUGAAGAUCCUCAAUGCCCUCAAGAAGCACAACUACGAGAAGCCCACCCCCAUUCAGGCCCAAGCCAUACCCGCCGUCAUGUCAGGCAGAGACCUCAUUGGCAUCGCUAAGACGGGCAGCGGCAAAACCAUUGCCUUCCUCCUCCCAAUGUUCCGUCACAUCAUGGACCAGAGGCCCCUGGAGGAGUCUGAGGGACCCAUCUCCGUCAUCAUGACGCCCACCAGAGAGCUGGCUCUGCAGAUCACCAAGGAGUGCAAGAAGUUCUCCAAGUCGCUGGGGCUCAGGGUGGUGUGUGUUUAUGGAGGCACGGGUAUCAGUGAGCAGAUCGCCGAGCUGAAGCGAGGAGCCGAGAUCAUCGUGUGCACGCCGGGAAGAAUGAUUGACAUGCUGGGCGCCAAUAGUGGUCGUGUCACCAACCUGCGCAGAGCGACGUACGUGGUGCUGGAUGAAGCUGACAGGAUGUUUGACAUGGGCUUUGAGCCGCAGGUAAUGCGUAUUGUGGACAACGUUCGUCCUGACCGGCAGACGGUGAUGUUCUCCGCCACCUUUCCCAGAGCCAUGGAAGCUCUCGCUCGAAGGAUCCUGGCUAAACCCCUUGAGAUCCAGGUGGGAGGUCGCAGCGUGGUCUGCUCUGAUGUGGAACAGCAUGUGCUUGUGAUUGAGGAGGACAAGAAGUUCCUGAAGCUCUUGGAGAUCCUGGGCCACUAUCAGGAGAAGGGCUCCGUCAUCAUCUUUGUGGACAAACAGGAGCACGCCGACGGUCUCCUCAAAGACCUGAUGAAGGCUUCAUACCCUUGCAUGUCCCUGCAUGGAGGUAUCGACCAGUACGACAGAGACAGCAUCAUUAACGACUUCAAGAACGGUGCUUGUCGGCUGAUGGUGGCCACAUCCGUGGCAGCCCGAGGCCUAGACGUGAAGCAGCUCAUCCUGGUGGUCAACUACAGCUGCCCCAAUCACUAUGAAGACUACGUCCACAGGGCCGGACGCACGGGCAGAGCUGGCAACAAGGGAUAUGCCUACACCUUCAUCACAGAAGAGCAGGUCCGCUAUGCUGGUGACAUCAUUAAAGCAUUGGAGCUGUCCGGUUCUCCUGUUCCGGCUGAGUUAGAACAGCUGUGGGCCUCCUUCAAAGACCAGCAGAGAGCGGAGGGGAAGACCAUCAAGAGCAGCAGCGGCUUCUCUGGAAAGGGCUUCAAGUUUGAUGAGACGGAACAUGCACUGGCCAACGAGAGGAAGAAGCUGCAGAAGGCGGCACUCGGCCUGCAGGACUCUGAUGACGAGGAUGGAGCUCUGGAUAUUGAGGAGCAGAUUGAGAGCAUGUUCAACUCCAAGAAGAGGGUGAAGGACCUGACGGCUCCUGGAGCGGCAGCGAGUGCCGCAGGGUCUGUGGGUGCCUCAGCUUCAGCUUCAGGUGGUCUGCCAGGGCUGGGACCCACGUCUGCCGGAAACAUCCAGAAACUGGAGAUGGCCAAGCGGCUCGCUCUCAAGAUCAACGCUCAGAAGAACCUAGGAGCUGAAGCUCAGGACGUGAUGCAGCAGGCCACCAACGCCAUCCUACGCGGCGGCACCAUCAUGUCGCCUUCUGUGUCGGCCAAGACCAUCGCCGAGCAGCUGGCGGAAAAGAUCAAUGCCAAGCUAAACUACACCCCGGUGGAGAAGCUGGAGGAGGAGCGGCAGGCAGCCGAACAGUCCGAGACCGUCAAGAGAUACGAGGAGGAGCUUGAGAUCAACGACUUCCCGCAGACGGCAAGGUGGAAGGUGACGUCCAAGGAAGCUCUGCAACGGAUCGGCGAAUACUCGGAAGCCGCCAUCACCAUCAGAGGGACCUAUUUCCCUCCAGGCAAGGAGCCUAAAGAGGGAGAGCGCAAGAUAUACCUGGCCAUUGAAAGUGCUAAUGAGCUGGCUGUGCAGAAAGCCAAAACAGAGAUCACACGUCUUAUAAAAGAGGAGCUCAUCAGACUACAAAACUCCUACCAGCCAACAAGCAAAGGACGUUACAAAGUGUUGUAAAGGACAAGGUCAAAGCAAGCAAGGAGUACUUUUUGUCAGGAACAUUUUAGUCUGUUUUUUUUUUUUUUAACAAAAUAAAACCCUCCCCCACGUA